GCCCUAGUUUGAGAGGGAAAAUGUAUCGUUUGUGCUCAAAGUCUUACACCGGAAUCGCUUUUAAUACUUUCCUAUUUACUGUGCCGCUGGAGCAUUCUCAACUGAAAAGACAUUAUAAUAAAAACUGGUCGUGUAUCGGCUGAUUUUAGGAGCAGAACUACGCGUUUAAGCAAUAUGCCACGAGGCAAGGAAAGGAACGGCCGAGGGGGACAGCAGGGAAAUGUCCAGCCGUUGAGUGAUGAAGAUGCGUCCAUCGAGACCCUCAGUCACUGUAGCAGCCUCAGCGACAGGACCAGUGUGGCAGAGGAAGCUGGUGAAGCUGAAGAAACCGCUCAAGAGGACUUCCAGUACAAACUGAAGGUGUACAUUGACAGCACUGUGGAUAAAAGUGCCAAGACCAGACAAGGUGCCCUUGAUGGACUAAAGACUGCCAUGGCAAACAAAAUCCUGUACGAGUUUAUUUCCGAGAGAAGGAUGACCAUCACCGAUGGCAUUGAGCGCUGCUUAAAAAAAGGUAAAGGAGUAGAACAAUGUGCCGCAGCCUCGCUAACAUGUCUCCUGUGCAUCCAGCUUGGUUCUGGAAUCGAGAGCGAAGAGGUUUUUAAGGCCCUUAAACCUGUAUUCAAGACCAUUCUCAAUGAUGGAGCAGCUAACAUCCAAGCCAGACAAGCUUGUGCAACAAGUCUAGGCCUCUGCACUCUUGUAGCAGAAGAUGAUAUCAUGGAUGUGUAUGCCACUAUGGAGUGUUUUGAGAGUCUCUUUACCUAUUCAUAUGUCCGGGAAGAUGGAAGCAGACCUUCUGUAAGCCCUCAAACCACACAACUCCACAUUAAUGCUCUCUUGUCCUGGGCGCUGUUGCUUACCAUCUGUACUGGCAACCACAUCCGAGCUAUCGUGCAAAAGCAUCUGUCUAAAUUGCCACGACUGCUGGAGAAUGAUGAUGUUAACAUGAGAAUUGCGGCUGGAGAGACCAUCGCCCUUCUUUUUGAGCUGAUCAGAGAUGUUGACCCGGAGAUGGAAUUUGACUGGGAGCCAUUGUGUGAAAAGCUGAGUGCUCUGGCCACUGACUGCAACAAACACAGAGCAAAGACCGAUAAGAGAAAGCAAAGAUCUGUCUUCAGAGAUGUCCUAAAAGCAGUAGAGGAAGGAGAUUUUCAAUCCGAGACCAUCCGGUUUGGUACAGAGCGAAUGGUCAUUGACAGCUGGGUGAGAAAGAGGACUUAUGAUGCAUUCAGAGAGUUUGUUGGCUCUGGGAUGAAUUACCACUUGCAGGCAAACGAGUUCAUAAGGGACGUGUUUGAACUGGGACCACCAAUGUUGAUUGAUUCUGCUUCUCUGAAAGCUAUGAAGACUUCAAGACUGGAGAGGCACCUCUACAAUGCAGCUGCGUUCAAAGCUCGAACUAAGGCCAGAAACAAGUUUCGGGACAAAAGGAUUGAUGUUGGCGAGUUCUAGGUUGUUUUUCUAGUGUGGUUUUUUUUUUUUUUUUUCCUCGUGCAUAUACUCUUUAUAUUUUGCAUUCCUAAUUCGAGAUACUAUUGUUGUUUUUUUUUAUUAUUAUACACUGUGUGUGUGUAAAGUGUAAUAUUUGCUUACUAUAAACUCAUUCUAACAAGACUUUAAUGUUUGUCUAUAUUUAAGUAGUAUUGGGUUUACUAGAACACAUCAGAUCACGUUUUAAUUUAUUUGUGUACCUGUGGGUUCUGUAAUUUUAUUAAUUGCAUAGUAUAUUUGUGUAUGUUAAUGUCAGGAUCUGUAGUGACAAGGCUGUGCAUUAAAAAUAAAAUUAAAGUUGAUGCCCUCCUUUUAGUGUGCUGGUUUG